GCGCAGCCAUGGCCGGGGGGCGCCCGGGGGUGCACGCCCUCCAGCUGGAGCCCCUGCGCGUCCCGGAGACCUUGAUCAAGGGCAGCAAGUUCAUGAAGUGGGACGAGGAACCAACAAGCAAGGCUUUGGUGACCCUCAGAGUUGACCCACAAGGAUUUUUCCUCUACUGGACUGGUCCCAGCAUGGAAGUGGACAUUUUAGACAUCAGCUCAAUUCGGGAUACACGGACGGGACGUUAUGCUAAGUUGCCGAAGGACCCCAAGAUUCGGGAGAUUCUUGGCUUCGGGGGGCAGGAGCAACAUCCGGAAGAGAAGCUGUUGACGGUCGUGCACGGGCCCGACAUUGUCAACGUGAGCUUUCUCAACUUCAUGGCCGUUGUCCAGGAUGACACAGCUAAGCUGUGGGCCGAGGAAUUGUUCAAACUGGCCACAAACAUCCUGGCUCAGAAUGCUUCACGGAACACUUUCUUACAAAAAGCCUACAUCCGGCUCAAACUCCAGGUCAAUCAAGAUGGAAGGAUCCCAGUCAAGAACAUCCUCAAAAUGUUCUCGGCCGACAAAAAAAGAGUGGAGACGGCUCUGGAAUCCUGCGGCCUGAAUUUUAACAGGAGCGAGUCGAUCAAACCUGAAGAGUUCACCCUGGAGAUUUUCGAACGCUUCCUGAACAAGCUCUGCCUUCGCCCAGACAUCGACAAGAUCUUGCUGGAGAUCGGGGCCAAGGGGAAGCCCUACCUCAGCCUGGACCAGCUGAUGGACUUCAUCAACCAGAAGCAAAGGGACCCACGUCUCAACGAGAUCCUGUACCCCCCACUGACGCGGGCGCAGGUGCGCCAACUGAUCGACAAGUACGAGCCCAACCAACAGUUCCAGCAGCGUGACCAGAUGUCAAUGGAAGGAUUUGGGCGCUAUUUGGCAGGAGAGGAGAACUCCAUCGUGGCCCCCGAAAAGCUGGACUUAAGUGACGACAUGACCCAGCCGCUUUGCAGCUACUUCAUUAAUUCGUCCCAUAAUACCUACCUCACGGGUAAGUGCAGAGUAGAAGUGCAGAGAUCCACAGAGUAGAAUAGCUUCAAGUUCCCCAGAUAGGUCCCCCCCCCGCUUUCUCAUUAACUGGCACUUCAAACCCAGAUACCAUGCUGUGAAGUAAUCGAAGCCAUAGCUGAAAGUGCCUUUAAGACUUCGCCCUUCCCCAUUAUCCUCUCAUUUGAGAAUCACGUUGACUCGGCCAAGCAGCAAGCGAAGAUGGCGGAGUAUUGCAGGAAUAUUUUUGGAGAGGCCCUCCUUAUCGAUCCGUUGGAAAAAUAUCCACUCCAGCCUGGAAUGGCUUUGCCAAGCCCUCAGGAGUUGCUGCGCCGGAUCCUGGUGAAAAACAAGAAGCGGCGCACGCACAGUAAGGGAUCUGAGGGCAGCAUCCGGAAGCGGGUUCUAGAGCAGACGCCCAGCUCUUACAGCGAUUCCUCUGGGGCCGGCGAGCCGGGCUUCUCAGCACCAGAUCAGCCUGAGGUCCUUUCGCCGGUCAUGACCAACGGGGAGGAGAAGACCUCGGACAGGAUGGGGAAGCUAGUUGAACCCCGCAAAUCCAUCGACCGUGAUGCCGAAAGCGAAGAGGAGGAGGAGCAGCAAGACCCUAAGAAACCGACAACGGAUGAGGGUACGGCAAGCAGUGAAGUCAAUGCCACGGAAGAGAUGUCCACGCUGGUAAACUACAUCGAACCGGUCAAGUUCAAAUCUUUCGAGGUGGCCAGCAAACGCAACAAAUCUUACGAAAUGUCGUCGUUUGUGGAGACAAAAGGUUUGGAGCAGCUAACCAACAGCCCCAUGGAGUUUGUUGAAUAUAACAAGAAACAACUUAGCCGAAUAUACCCCAAAGGGACCCGGGUGGAUUCCUCAAACUACAUGCCUCAGCUCUUCUGGAAUGCCGGCUGCCAGAUGGUGGCACUCAACUUCCAGUCUCUUGACUUGCCGAUGCAGCUCAACCUGGGCAUAUUUGAGUACAACCGUCGGAGCGGCUACUUGCUCAAGCCGGAGUUCAUGCGUCGCCAGGACAAGCUUUUUGACCCCUUCACCGAAGACAUUAUCGACGGCAUCGUGGCCAAUACCGUCAAAGUGAAGAUAAUCUCCGGGCAAUUUUUGUCGGACAAACGAGUGGGGAUCUACGUCGAGGUGGACAUGUUCGGGCUCCCGGUGGACACCAAGCGCAAAUUCCGGACGCGGACGUCACAGGGAAACUCCUUCAACCCUGUGUGGGACGAGGAACCGUUUGUCUUCCACAAGGUGGUGCUUCCUACGCUGGCUUCGCUGCGGAUCGCUGUCUUUGAAGAAGGGGGGAAGUUUGUAGGCCACCGGAUCCUGCCCGUCUCUGCCAUCCGCUCAGGGUACCACUACAUUUGUUUGCGAAGUGAAUGCAACCAGCCGCUCUGCCUCCCUGCGCUCCUGGUCUACACAGAAGCCUACGACUAUAUUCCUGACGAUCAUCAAAAUUAUGCCGAGGCUCUGAUAAACCCCAUUAAACACGUCAGCCUGUUGGACCAGCGAGCCAAGCAGCUUGCAGCACUCAUUGGGGAAAGUGAGGAAAAUGCAGAGAAGUCCUGGGAGUCACCGUCCCGAAGCUCCUGCAGUACAAACGCCAGUCCUGCCGAGGAGGCUCACAAGCCACCGCCUUGCCUGCUGUCGCCCACCCGGAGCCCCAGCAUCGUCCCCAGUCAAGGGCAGAGAGAUGAUCUAAUCGCCAGCAUCUUGGCAGAGGUUUCCCCUCAGUCGGUGGAGGAGCUGCGGCAGCAGAAAGCUUUUGUGAAGCUGCUGGAGAAACAGUAUCGCGAACUGAAGGAGCUAAGGAGGAAACACAUGAAGAAAAUAGGCACCUUGAACAAGAGGCAGAACGCCCAGUUCACGUUGGUGAACAGGAUCCGACUCCGUAGCCGGGAUGGGUCUUCAGAAACCGUGCGACCAGGGCAGGAACAAGAUGGAUUGCACCAGAAGGUGGAUCUGCAAGAAUGGCAAAUGCAGGGGCUGCUGCAGCUGCGGGAGACUCAGCACCAGCUGGAGAGGGACAAAAAGCGGGAGCACCUGCACCAGGCUCAGCAGCGCUUGAGAGAGAUUGCCCGGGAAUGCCAGGCUGUCCAGCUGAAGAAACUGAAGGAAAUAAACGAGAAAGAGAAGAAAGAACUCCAGAAAAUCCUGGAUCGGAAGCGACACAACAGCAUCUCGGAAGCCAAAUCACGGGAGAGGAACAAGAAGGAUGUGGAGCUGACAGAGAUAAACAGGCGGCAUAUCUCCGAAUCGGUCAACUCCAUUCGCAGGCUUGAGGAAGCUCAGAAGCGGCGCCAGGAGAAGCUGCUGGCGGGACACCAGACCAUAUUGCAGCUCAUUGAGGACGAAGAGCCGCGGCUCAUGGACCAGCUCGAACGAGAGGAUGAGGUGGAAGCCCUGGCUUUGCGGCAAGAGAUCGGCCGUUACCUUCUGGAAGAAAUGGAUGGAGGCAUCAGCAACGGGCACCCGCCUGACUCCGGCGUCAGCUCUCCGGCUGCCGAAGAGGAGCUAACGGUCCUGUGAGAUUCAGGCAGGCGACUGCGGUGGUGGUGAUGGUGGUGGCAGCAGGCCUCGGGUGCGAGAGAGAGCAAAAAAACGACAGGGAGCAUCUUCUAAGUAUCUCCCCCGCGCCCCACCAGUUCAGAGCCCGUUAAAAAGCCGAUUUGAUGGGGAAAGAGAAAUUCACACACUAAAAGCACUUCUGUCUGUUUCUCUCUCUCUCUCUCUUUCUUUUUCCUUUUUUUUAAAAAAAGAACAAAUGUUUUAUUUUUUUAAACUAUUUUUUUUUAAUUAACUAACCGUUCAUGUUGUCUUCUCCAUUUCUCAGUGUGGGUUUGAGGCCGAGGACAGACUUGGGGCAAGG